AUGGACCUCGUUGCAGGAGUCAGGAAAGAAGGCAGCCGCGGCGGCCGUGGCGAGUUCAAAUGGACCGACGUCCAGAACUCCAGCCAUCGCGAAAACUACCUGGGCCACUCUCUUAUGGCCCCGGUUGGCAGAUGGCAGCAGAAUCGCGAUCUUUCAUGGUAUGCCAAGGGCGAUGCGGAGGCUGAAGAGGAACGAGCUCGUCAAGAACGCGAAGAGCUCGAGCGUGUGAAGCAAGCCGAACAGGAAGCUAUGGCCAGGGCCCUCGGCCUGCCAAUUCCCGUUAAGACCGAGCCAAAUGCGAACUUGACUCCUCUAGGGACAAACACAAAUACGUUAGACAGAGCAGAUGCGACAUUCGCCAAGGCCCGCGUCGUGAAAGGCGAAGAGAUCGAAGUCAAGGCCGACAUAGGGACGACGAGCGGGGUAGUCGAAAACACUCACAUGAUCAUGAGAGAGACCGUCGAAGAGAUCGUAGUCGAGAUCGUCUCCAUCGACGUGACCGAUAUCGAUCGCGGGACAGAGCGCAUCGAUCGAGACGCUCACAUUCGCGUUCACGAUCACGAGGUGGUGAUGAUCGGAGAGAGUGGCAAAGACCACAUCGACACGAGCGCGGCCACUCACCUCCUCGACAGCCUCGCGAAACAGAACGAUACAGAAACAGGUCUGAACUUGAUCGCAGACGUUAGAUGCUCACGAGGAAAAGAGCUUUUUUGUUCGCGAGAUACCACAUGA